CGUUGCGAGGGCGCUCGGCGUCUGGGUAACGGCGUCUCAUUGCUCACCGAGAAGACGGUCACUCGACUAACGGGUUCAGCGUUAAUUGUAAUUGUAAAAGAAUUACUUACAAAAGAAUCGCGCGCACGAUCUUUCUAGGUGUAAUCACUGGAGACAUAUCUUCGCCAUGGAGUGGAGGUCAUAACAGCUGAUGCCAUGCCUGUUGGGGUGACGGCGGAGGGAGGUGAGGAGCACUCUCACACGACGCGCACGCGCAUCGAGGAUGUCCUCAAGUCAUACGCGGGCGGGCAAAUCUCGAGCGAGAAGAAAAGGAGAAAGAAGAAAGUGGCGGAGAGCGACGCUUUCGUCCUGGAAAGUCUACGUAGGAGUUUGGACCUGCAGAAGAGCAGCGAGAAUGAGGAGACCAUUCUCCACAACACCUACAACCAGGAGCAGCAGAGUCCACGUUUCAACAAGAACAAGCAGCGGGAGCGGGUUCCCACUGCCAAAAAAUCUAGCAAUGUCAUGGCCGAGGACAUAGAGGCCACAGACGCAAAGAUCAAAAAGAAGAAGAAAAAGAAACGGCAGUUGCCGUUGCUCCCUCCAGAUGAGGAUGACCCUGGAGGCUACACCACCAGCGAGGUCUUUACAAUAUCGGACAAAAUCAAGGAGGAUAAGCAGCAGCUGAUUCUAGAACCCAGCACACCCAGCGAUGACCAGCCCAAGAAGCCCAGAAAGAAAAGAGAAACGAUGACUCAGGGUGAAGAAGUUGUCACGAAGAUAAAAAUCAGGAAGGAGCCGACCCUGAACAACGAGACGAUAGAAGCAGACAGAACCAUGACCCUAGCUGACCUGGACAAUAGCCCCCUGCCAGCGGUUCGGAGGGCAAAGGUCAAGUCGAGGACGCCGUCCAGAGGAAGGGAGGUCCGCACGGCCGAGGGCUCUCCCGAACCACCGGUCCCUCGGCCACGGCGGAGCAGGGAGGGUCGCGAGAAGAGCAGAGCGGCCAUGAGUCCAGAUCGCCCUGACGAGGAGGUCGCACUCACCGAGGAGGGCGAGGAGACCGCGAGGCGACCGAAAGCCGCCAGGAGGACCAAGAAGAAGAACGCGAAAGCGGUGGCGGGCGGCAAGGAAGCCUCGUCAAUGGAGGUGGCUCAGGAGGCGGAGCGGAGAGAGGAGGACGAACAGGCGCUGGGCGUGUUCGUACACCGCACUGACCGCCUGGCCUCUGAUCCGCUGCUCGCAUGUGCGCUGGUGCGCGUGUACCUGGUGGACGCUGCCACGGGGCAACACGUGCGCAAGGAGGACUGCGAGCAACUUGCCGCAGCUCCCAGCCAGCCGGGCUCCUCCGACACGGAGCAUCCUCUGACCACGCAGCCAUGCGACGUGCGCACUCACCGCUCGUUGCUCCCUGAGUGGGAGGAGCAGCUGGUGUUCCCCCACCGUCUCGGCCCAUUCCUCCGCGUCGAGCCCGGAGCUGCGCGCGUGUUACUCUUCUUCGAGGUGGUGGAUCUUGUGAGCAUGGACGAAACUCAGACCAACUACUCCGCCCUCCAGACAGACAGCGGCGGCCGGCGGUGCCUGGCCUGGGCUUUCCUCAAGCUGGUCGGUGCCAACGGUGCGGUGAACGUGGGCGGAAAGAUGCGCCUGCAGUUGUUCUACCCGCCGGCUCGGUUUCGGCACGCGGCGGGCGUGUUGCCUGUGUACGAGUGGUACGCGAAGCACGCACGCUUGCGCUACCCGGCCACGAUCUACGUCACGGUCAAGGGACUCCGCCUGCCCUCGCAGCUGGAUCCAUCUGGACGCUCCGUGAUGGCGCUGCAGCAGGAGCAAGGCUCGCGAGCACCUGACGAGCCGGGCUCCGGUGCUGCGUCAUCGCCCGUGCGCGCCUCCCAGCGUCGUGAUGCUCUCAAGUGGAGCCGCCUGCCAGGACAGACCUGCUACAUCCCCAACAAGCUGGCACUGACGCUCAAGGCUGGCACAGCCGGCUGCUUCCGCGUGCGCUUCUCUCCGGACGGACGGGCGCUGGCGGCGGCGUGUGUGCACCGCGACAGCCAUCCUGUGUUCGUGUUUGAGGUGCCAUCGGGCCAGCUGUUGAUGGAGCUCCCGGGACAUCUGGGUCUCGUGUAUGACCUUUCCUGGUCGCAUGACAGCUCACACCUUCUCUCAUCGUCAUCGGAUGGCACUGCACGCCUGUGGAACGUGGAGGGCCGCGUGCGUGCGGCAGAGAAGGUGCUGCCUCACCCUUGCUUCACGUACGCGGGGCAGCUGCACCCGGGCGCCACCGCCGCGGUAGCCGUGACGGGCGCAUACGACGGCAUGCUUCGAGUCUGGGACGUGGGCGGCGCGACGGGCACGCGCGACGGCCGGCUCCUGCGCGAGUUGGACGGCCACCGAGGCUACGUCAACGCCGUGUGUUUCGACGCGGAUGGCCUGCAGAUGUUCAGCGGCGACAGCACAGGUGUUGUUCUUGUAUGGCGAACUUUUGUGAGUCAGACAGCGAACAGCGACCCCUUGCGCGACUGGGCAGUGACCAAGGAGAUCAAAGAGCCAGACCUCAAGGGGGUCCCCAUUAACCACCUAUGGGCUCAUCCCAAUGGGCGCAGGCUGCUUGUGCACGCCCGAGACAGCGCCCUGCGCCUCAUCGACGUCCGAGUGCAGGUGACCAGGAAGUUCACGGGGGCCUCGAAUCAGCGCGAGCGCGUGCACAGCUGCGUCAGCCCCUGCGGAACCUUCCUGCUAUCGGGCAGCGAGGAUGGCGUGGCUUACGUUUGGAACAUCGACACGGGAGACCAGGUGGCCAUGUACUCGGAGCUGGGCUACCAGGCUCCCGUGCGGGACGUGCACUUCCACCCGCACGAGCACAUGGUGGCGUUCUGCUGCCACGGGGACGCGCAGCCUGUUCUUGUCUUCGCCUACGACCACAAGGUGGCACAGACGGAGGCCCGCAGCUACCGGGACGUGCAGGAGCCCUCGUCGGCCGCACCGGGCCACCUGGCGGCGGGGAACUCGCGCGGCCCUCGGUGGCUCGGGUCCACGGGGCCAACGGGCCCCGCUUCGUGGACGGCCGUGGAGACGCUGGGACACGGGACCGGCGACGCGGCGGCCGCUGCCGCGUCGCUCUUCCCUUCGCGGCUGCAGAGCGUCCGCCGAAAACUCGACUCGGUGCUCGCGGACUCUUUGAAGCCAGGAGCAACAACAGCGGAUUACGACACCGAACGAACAGUUGGCUCGUCAUUGGCGUGGAACAGCCCAGUCCCUUUCUCCGGUGGGGAUCACAUUGCCCAGGGUGGUGGCCAGGGACCUCGGGGUCACGCGGCGUCGCUCGCGCCAUCGCUGCUGUCCCCACACUCGUGGACGCCGGCAUCUGCGUCGCUCGCCUCCCGCAUGAUGCCCAACCCCGCGCACCAGCCAGGUGGCCUCUUCAGCCCAGUGGGGCGCGUGGGGCGGCCCCCGUCCCUGCGGCUGCAUAUGGAUUAAACAGGGCAGCCGCUGGAUUCGAACCGUGAACCUCUGCAAACAAGCGACGGACUCGCUACCGCUAGGCCAUGUCGCCUGACAGAAAGCUGACGUUAAGCGGAGUCCCUAUUUGCUCGAGGCGAUCAGGUGACUCGUGGGUGCAAAUGCUGACCCGCCCAUACUGUGAAAAAGAGCUUCAUAGCUCAUCGGAUUCCUCGAGUCUCUAAAUAAAGAUUAUAAUUCUGACAAUGCCAUGUCAGAGCACAGAGCCGCUACUGCUGAGAACUUGAGUUUCAAUCUGUCUGUCAGCCACCCACGUUUAACCUGGAUUCUGAUGUUUAAAUCUUAGUUACCGAUGGCCGUACAAAAAACACAUUAAAUAAAGCGUUUUCAUAUAAUUUUGGUUAUUCCUGGUGUGAGAAUUUGUUUUAUAUCAAAAUGUGAUUUACAUGUGACAAACAGGUUGUGUUCCCUGGUGUGCACAGAGAGGCUUAUUGAAGAGACUCAGAAGUGGUGUUGUGAUAUCUUCUUGUAUAAUGCGGCUGAAACUGCAUUGAAUUAAUAAUAUUACACCGAUAGCCACAUUUUGUAUAUCAGGGAGAGAAAAAAAGCCAAUAAUAUGAAGGCUAAAAAAAUUAUUUUCUCAGAAAGCCAGCUAAAAAGCCAUAUGUUUACCUGUGUUAAUGUCUAGGCACAGGUGUAUCAACAAUUCACUUUACCUUGCACUUCGCAGAUAUAGAUUGUUAGGACUUAUUUGGAGGACAUAGUCGAACUUCAAUAAUAAGCACUCAUUGCUCUUUUCUCGUCGAUUAUUGUGGCAUCCAGAUAGGUCCUAAUCUUCUCGGUCAUGGAAUUACAGCAUGGGACACAGAAUUUAACACAGACAUGUAUAAGCGUAUAGCCGUAACAGACUUUUUGGAGCAAGCGUUGUUCGUCAGUCCGGCAUGGCACACAACAUGGUGAAUGGGUAACACAGGCUACCUAUGUCGCCCCCAAAUUCUGGUAUUUACAUACCGCCACAAGGUACUCAUUUAAGGCUGAGGUGACCUAGGGGAGGCCCAGGACCGAUUCAUAUAUUCAUCACUGAUAUUGGUUAGGAGCGGGAAUCAAACUCAGGUGGCUGGGUUUGGAGUGCGUUAACCCACUACACUACUGCUCUCCACAUACACGAAAAAGACAGAGAUUCCCCGCAUAGCCUUUUACUUUUGGAGCAACUGCUGUUAGGGAACACCUACGAAGGCCGGCACGGCAUGCGAUGGGUGGGUGUCCAGCACCACGCCCGACCGCCUUUGUCUCCCCAGUGGUGAUGACUACACACCGCAGCAGGUACUCAUCUGAGGCUGAGUCGACCUAGGGAUGUCCCAGAACCGGUUCAUAUAGCCCGUCGCUGGUGAUGACCAUGAGCGGGAAUCGAACACGGGUCGCUGAUUUUUUUUUGCAGCAAUGCACACACACACACACUCGCGACACUCUGUCAGAAGUGCAGCUUGAACGGUGCGAGUUCCCGUGUAAGUGCUACUCGCGCAAAGGCGAAGCUGGCAGUCGAGCAGCGGCAGAACGCGUCGUUGUAACGCGCGCGCGACCCGCCUCGAUUGGGGUGGUCAGGUCGACUUGCUGCCAAGGACCUUUAAGUUUCCCAAGGAUGCGCCUGGCGGGCGCUCGGUGCCUGGGUCAAGAAGCAGGGUUGCUGCUUUAUUUGCAGAGAGUAUCACAGAGGCGUGCCAGCAGCCACAUCCGUUCCCAUCUGCGUGCUGCUUUCUGUCCAUAAUACAGGUUUUUUGGCUUUCUGUCGUUGGGAGGCCUGUCCUUGUACCACAGCUUUCACUCUUCCUGACCCGCUUGACCUGUUGAUUCGGAAUUUAUAUUCCCGUCGCCGCUUUUUCAAUUUAUUUGGUUUCUUUUAUAUUAUUUUGGUUCGAGUGUUCGGUCCUCCAAGGACCGUGUUUUAAUGGUCACGUGCACAAAGAGGAACACAGUUAUGUGUAUGUUAUCAUUUGUUCGCCACAAUUGAAACUGAAAAUGUUAUCAGAACUUCAUGAAAAUAGUUAUCAUUCUCACAUUUUUAUAACAUUGCACGUAAUAUGAUAUGCAAGAUGUAUUUCUCGAUUUACUUAUGCGCAAUGUCAAUUUACAUACAGAUAACCACAUUAUUUUCAUAUUAAUGAUUACUCAGUUUAUCCUGUCCAACUUAAUUUACAUAUAUAUAUAAUUUACUCUGUGCUAGCCAUAGAUGGUCACCACUGCGGAUAUGGCACAAUGAGAUUUGCCCGUGAGAAUUCGCCAGAUGGGUUAUGGCAUCAAAAGACGAUGUGUGGUGGCACUGAUGUGGGGAGGCCUUCAUCCAGCAGUUGAUUGAUCAUGGCUGUUGAUGAUGAUACAAGCUACCCAAAUCAUAUGCCGGUAUGAUGAAACAAGAGGCUAAUUAAGAAUGGUUUCAGGGUUGUAUUACUGUCAUUGACAGGAUAGAAUCUGGAUUCUUCAGCCCACUGACCCUAAUGUGUACAAUGCCUAACGCUAUCACAUGCAUCACUUUGAUGCUGGGCUUUGCGUCAACAGUUUCAAUGCAUUAUGGCCCAGUGUAGACAACACCUGGUAUUGGUCUAUAGCACUAAAUUGUCAAUUUCUUGAGUAAUUCGCACAAUGCUUCCGAAAGCGUCAUUUACACCCGGUGACAGCCCAUUGAGGCGUGAUGUUCCUCUUGCAAGGGAGACCUGAGGAUACAAACAAAUGUAACCUACAUGCACCUGCCUACUUUACACACAAACUAACACUUCCUUAAUGUGCAGGUGAUGAGGAAUAGAGCUGCCUGAUGGGGUUGCGGUGGCCUCUUGAGGCCGAGAUUAUUGAUGGAGUACCCCACGUGAUCAAU